CCUAGAUAUCUGCAGCAUCAGGAGGGUGAGAUGCCACUCUGCCUCUCCAGCUUCUGCCCUCACAGUGUCACGGCUGCCAGCAAGAACCUCUGACAACGUCGGGUGGAAAGAAGCACGCUGGAGAGCUUUUAAAAGAUUUUUAUUAGUCAACUUACUCUGACUCCAAACAUGCAAACCUUUUCUUCACACUGGAAGAUGACGCCGUCAAUUUCACUUGUUUCACUGCUUCUACUGAAAACCUUGCUGCUGAAGGGUCUCUGGGUGAGCGGCACCCCAGCCUGCGUGUCCUGUGGCUCACCGGCGAUGGAGAAAGACGCAGAGGAGAGGCUGAUGAUAGAGAUCGCCAAACAACAACUUUUGGAGAAGCUGCACCUGAAAGAGAGACCAAACAUCACCCACACUGUGCCCCGAGUGGCGCUUCUCAACGCGCUGCGCAAGCUGCACUCGGGGCGCGUAAGACAGGAUGGUACCCUUGAACUAGAAAACAGUUUACCAACCAAAGAGCAAGGCUAUGAAAUUGUGAGCUUUGCAGAUAUAAGUGAUUCAGACAGCGGUGAAAAGGCCAGCCUUAGCCUUACCUUUCAGUUUCUGCAGGAACGUGGCAAGAGCAUCCAGGUCCUCCAGUCCUCUCUGUGGAUCUAUGCCCAGUCCUCCAAGGAUCCUCACCGGAGCUCCCGCCUCCUUGCCCGGGUUUUCCUCUCAGCAGACGAAGGGACCUCUGGUUCUAAUCGCACCCUUGUGAUAGAAAAGAUGCUGGAGGUUAGGGAGAGUAACUGGCACACUUUUCCCAUCACCCGCACGCUGCAGACAUUCUUGGAUGGAGGUCAACGGCAACUCCAGCUUGAGGUUAUCUGCGAUGAGGAUGGAAGGAACCUUUGCUCCUUAAAUGGCUCAGCUGACAAAGCAAACCAGCCUUUCAUGGUGGCCCAGGUACAUCUGCGUGAUGACCACUCCAAGCACUUAAUCAGAAAGCGCUCUCUGCGCUGUGGCAGUGAGGUGACAGUCUGCUGCAAGAAAGACUUUUACUUCAAGUUCAAGGAUAUCCAGUGGGAUGAGUGGAUCAUUGCACCUGAAGGCUACCACAUGAACUACUGCAAGGGUCAGUGCCCCCAACAUCUGUCUGGUUCCCCGGGCAUAGCAUCCUCAUUCCACGCGGCAGUCUUCAACCAGCUUAAAGUCAGUGGCAUCAUCACAGACACGGUUUCAUGCUGCAUUCCCACAGAGAGCCGGCCACUGUCCAUGGUCUAUUUUGACUCUCAGCAUAACAUCGUCAAAAGGGACAUCUCCAACAUGAUAGUGGAGUCCUGCGGAUGCACAUAAGGAACAGUAUUAAUGGCAUUUUAUUAUAAAACAAAUUUAACAGACUAAAAAGCUGAAGAGGUACGCCCGCUUUGGACAACUUACAGUAAUGUUAAUUGUUCAGACGCGGCUGAAAUAGAAAAUGAGGAGUAUCCUAAGACACUAAAUGCCUAUAUUAUAAUUUGUUUCAUGUAAUUGUUUUAAAAACCAUCACUGUAUAUAAAUGAUAAUAUCAUUUGUUUUAGAGGUUUUAAGUAACAAAAUGCUUUGUCUCAAGGUUUACAGAAAAGUUUCUAGUGUUAUUUUAUACAAAGAUAAUCAAGGUUUAUAUUUGUAAAACUUGGAUGUUGUAAAGAGAUUAUAUUGAUAAAGGAAAAAUAUAUUGUACUACAAGGACAGUAGUACAACUUUUAGCAAAAGUUCAGAAUAUUUUUUAAUUCUCAGGAAAAUAUUUCUUAAUUUUUUUUAGAAAAGUGGAAUUUAUUCACCCAAAUUUGGAAAUUAUGCAAAUACACUAGAUACAUUUUGUUAAACAAUAUUUAUUUGGUUCUUUGUUUUAUAGCCGCUGUAUUUGGUCUUUUCAAAUCUGACGCCAGCAGUAAAGAAAAAAAGAAAUCCAAAAUAAAAUUCCCAAAAAUCUGA